AUGCACGAAGAGGGUCACACGCCAGAAAAUAACUUCAGGAGGAAGGCCAGUCUUCCCGCAGACGUCCAAAAUCCCGUCAAAGGCUCGUCUACGCAGUCCACAGCAAGUAACACUCUAGCAUCAUCCUUGGUUAGGUCCUCGCGCAUACGACGGCCAUCCCUCAAGCUGAGGGAUGGCGAUCCUGACCAUGGUCAGUCCACAGAGUCUCUGGCCAGCAAUACAAGUCCAUCCCCGGGGUGCUCCUCAUGCUCCCGGCAUCCAUCUUCGCCCACUAUCACGUCUACCUCUUCCGACGUCAGAUCUCUGCUCGAUUUUCUAAGGAGUGUCUGUCCGUUGUUGAUGAGUGCGGCGGGAUCUAUGGUGGAGGCUGGAAUCAAGGAUGAAAUGUGUUUCCGUGCACUUGCUGAGUGGCCUGCGCGGGAGCGCGAUACGCUUUUGUUGGAUGAGGUGAGGUUGACACCGUUCCAACUUAGCUUGGUGCGUGUGGUUCUUGGGAAGAUGCGGAAGCAUGAGAAUGUGAUUGAGAUUGAUUAG